CGUUUUAUUUUUCAGGCUAAAGCUUUCAGUUCAGCUCAUUGCGAAAUACAGGAAUAAAUGGAGUUUCAGAAGAUUCAUAACUUUUCCAACUACAAUCUUAACACUAAAUGCGUUGAGAAGCUUUGCAUUUGUGAGCGAAAGCGUGACGAUCUCAUUGUCUGCAGCCGCUGCAAUCAAUCCUUCGUGGGCCGACUUUCCCAGCCAUGCCCAAAACAUCCCGAAGUGAUCUUUCUGAUGGACGCCCGUCAAUGCGCCUUUUGUGGAGCUCAUUCCACUUUCUUGAAGGUAUCCAAACAAUAACAAUAACAAACAAUACAAUGGAAAGCCUCCCUCAUGCUGCACAGCUUUCGUUGACGAAGCUGGGUUAUAUCAUCUAAGCUUACAUACAUACAUAUGUACUAUGUAAAUGGAUAUAAGUUAAAUAAUCAUGAUCUAACUUUCAA